AUGGACAUAAUCCACAAGGAACAGAAAAACAUCCAGAAUUUCUCCACCCGGGUCCUGCUGACCAACAGCGGUCCUGAGCCUUCCUCUGGGACCCCUCUGGAUUCCCCCUUUGGCUACAAUCUCAGAGGUGGUAGUUGUAAGACUCCCCACCUCCCCUUUGCAACCCCACUCCGGCAGGUAUCUAUAGAUUCAGUGCAUUCCCAAUCAAAAGGAGAAAUGAUGGAUCUGCAACAUGGGAGCUUAUGUUUUCAGACACCUCAAAUUAUGGCAGAUAGAGAUUACCCUGUGAUUGCCAAUUCUAAAACUGUGGUGGUAAUUUCAGGAAUCUUCCGGUGGGAGGGAGAGAGCUAUCCAAAUCUGGUGCAGAGGAAUAUUAAUGUCUUCAAAUGUAUUAUUUCUCUCAAGCACAGUCCUAAUUGUAUCAUAAUUGUGGUUUCCAACCUAGUGGAUACUCUCAUAUAUGUUACCUGGAAACUAAAUGGACUAUCCAAGCACCAUGUGAUUGGAAGUGGGUGUAAUCUGGAUUCUGCUAGAUUUUGUUAUUACAUAGCUGAAAAACUUGGCAUCCAUCCCAGCAGGUGCCAUGGAUGGAUUUGGGGAGAACAUGGACAUUCAAGUGUAGCCGUGUGGAAUAAAAUGCAUAUGGCAGGGGUUUCUCUCCAGGAACUGACUCCAGACUUGGGAGCAGACAGUAACAGUGACACUUGGAAGAAAGUGUAUAAGACAGUGGUUGAAAGAACCUAUGAUGUCAUCAAGCUAAAAGGAUAUACCACCUGGGCUACUGGAUUAAGUGUGGCUGAUCUCACGGAAUCCAUGUUGAAAAAUCUAUCCAGAAUUCAUACAAUGUCAACGAUGGUGAAGAGAAUGUAUGGCAUUGAGAACAAAGUCUUCCUUAGCCUCCUAAAUGUUCAGGGAUUAACCAGUGUUAUCAACCAGAAGCUGAAGGACGAUGAGGUUGCUCAGCUCAAGAAAAAUGCAGAUACUUUAUGGGACAUCCAGAAAGACCUAAAAGACCUGUGA